AACCCCAUGGCCGGAGUUCCAACCCCAACCGUCUUCCUAGAAGACCUUCUCCGCUCCUCCUCCUCGUCGUCGCCGUCGUCUCCAUCCCCAUCUCCGGCGCCACCAUCUGCCCACUCGAUCCUCCAAGCCUGGUCAGAGCUCCGCCACCCUUCCUCUUCCUCCACCCUCCUCUCUUCUCUCCUCACCCUCUCCUCCGUCCCCCGCCCUUCUCUCCAUCUCUCCGAUCCCCAAGCCAAGAUCCUCCUUUCCCUUCUCUCCUCCUCCCCUUCCACCCCUCUCCUCCUCUCCCUCCUCUCCAUCUGGCCUCGCAAAUCCCUCCGCCCCUCCUCCUCUCUCCUCCUCUCCUCUCUCCCCCUUAUCCCCUCCUCCCUUUCCCCUCAAUCCCUCCUCUUCCUCGGCUCUCUCUCCCUCCAUGCCUCCUCCCGCCCCGAAGCCCUCUCCCUCCUCUCCCGCCUCCUCGAUUCCCCUGUUGCCGCUCCUCCCCCUGACCUCCUCCCCGACUUCCUCGCCGGCCUUGGUUAUGCCCUAUCUCGCUCUGAUCCCAGUUUUUUCAAGAAAGGUUUCACCUUUCUCCUCUGACUUUGGAGUUUUUCCCCUGGUUCCAGCUUCAGCACUUCUCUCUCCAAUGGCCUUAUGGUUCUCAAACUCGUGGAGUGGCUUGUUGCUGGCUUCUUGAAUUCUCGUUCUUUUGAUAUGGUUCAGAUUCUCUGCAAUGAGGUUUCGCCAGAGAUGUGUGGAGAGAGGAUGGAGAGUGGUGGUUUCCGGUUUGCUGUGGUGAUGACUUGCGCUGGUGUUCUGAGGGCUUUUCGGAUGGUUGGUUCAAGCAGCAAGCUUGGGAUCAAUCCUCAGAUGAGGAGUUCAGUUGAAGGGUCUAUUGCCCUUGUCGCUAAAUCCCUGGUUACAGGUAGUAGUGAUUCGGAGAAGCAUCUCCUUCUGCAAUGCUUAGCCAUUGGUCUGACAAGAUGCGGUCCGAUCUCAUUCAAUGCCGAUGUUUUUCGAUGUCUAUGCAUUUCUUUGCUGGAUGUGAUCUUUCCUAUAAUGUAUCUAUGUAGAAGAGCGCUUGAGGUCCAAGAUGGAAAUUCAGAGGUGAAACAACACUUGGAGAGUAUUCUUUUCAAAGAGGCUGGUGUUAUAACUGGUGUUUUUUGCAACCAGUAUGCAUUGGCUGAUGAGAAGAGUCGGGUUUUGAUAGAGAGUGAUAUGUGGAGAUACACGCAAGAGGUUUAUUUGAAUCUCCGCUUGGCCGUGUUUGUGCUUCGAGGAGUGAAGGAUGAGCUACUUGGUGAUUUGGAGAAGAUUGCAGAGGCUGCAUUUCUCAUGGUUGUAGUGUUUGCAGCUGAGGUUACAAAACAUAAGCUGAAUGCUAAAGCUUCUUGUGAGACCCGGUCUGAGGUAUCGGUUCAUGUUCUUGUCUCAUUUUCAUGUGUCGAAUACCUUAGGCGUGUUCGGCUAUCAGAAUAUACAGAUGCAAUUCGGCAAGCCGUUCUGACUAUUCAGGAGAAUGCUUCCACUUGUGCAUCCUUUAUUGGUUCAAUGCCGUCUUAUGUUGAGCUAACAGAACAGCAAGGUCUGCCUCAUUUGGAGGGGAAGAGAUAUGUAUGGUGUAACGAUGAGGUGCAAACUGCUCGCAUUUUGUUUUACCUCAGAGUUAUGCCAACUUGUAUCGGCCUUGUACCUGGUUCUUUGUUUGCAAAAGUCGCAGCUCCCACUGUAUUCCUUUAUAUGCAACAUCCAAACGGAAAAGUAGCUCGAGCAGCACAUUCUGUGUUUGUGGCUUUUAUAUCGUCUGGCCAUGACUCUGAACAGGAUGAUCGAUCAGCUCUAAAGGAACAGCUUACUUUCUAUUACAUCCAGAGAGCUUUGGAGGCAUUUCCUGGGGUUACUCCCUUUGAAGGUUUGGCAUCUGGAGUUGCAGCUUUAGUUCGGUAUCUCCCUGCCGGAAGUCCAGCAUUAUUCUAUUGUGUUCACAGCCUUGUUGAGAAAACUCAUGAUCUUUGCACAAAAGCAAUGAGUCGGGAUGCAAAUAUUUGGAAGAACUGGGAAAAGGACUCUGAACCAUGUAAAAAGGUUGCCGAGUUGCUUCUGCGACUCAUCUCUCUUGUAGAUAUACAGGUAUUACCAUAUACUCUGAAGCAGCUAGCAGAGUUAAUCACCGGGUUGCCGAAAGAAGGCCAGAAUGUGCUACUUGGUCAACUGUAUUCCCAAAUUGCAGAAUCUGAUGAUGUUGUGAGGAAACCGAUUUUGGUGUCAUGGUUGCAAUCACUUUCUUAUCUCUGCUCACAGAAAAAACCAUUUGGUAGUUCUUCCUAUGGUUCUUCGAGUACCAGUGACACUUUGAGCAUGAAUGCAACCAUGUCGCGUCUCUGAGUAUUUUUGUUCAUUAUAAGGUGAAGGAACAUUUGAAUG